GGCAGUGACAUCAGCAGGCUAACAGAAUAAGGUGGGUGAGCAGCAGCAGGCACAGAGUGGACUUUACAGAGCCAGGAGACAAGGCUGUGCCUGCAGCAGCAGCACCUAGUCACCAUGCAGAGGUCCCCGCUGGAGAAAGCCAACAUCUUCUCCAAACUCUUCUUCAGUUGGACCAAGCCUAUUUUGAAGAAAGGAUAUAAGCAGCGAUUGGAAUUGUCAGACAUUUAUCAAAUUUCUACCGCGGACUCUGCAGAUAAUCUGUCGGAACGACUUGAAAGAGAAUGGGACAGGGAACUGGCAACAUCAAAGACAAAUCCCAAAUUAAUCAAUGCACUCAAACGUUGUUUUUACUGGAAAUUUCUUUUUUAUGGUAUCUUACUGUAUCUUGGGGAAGUCACCAAAGCUGUUCAACCACUUCUUCUCGGGAGAAUCAUAGCAUCUUAUGAUGAAAGUAACACAUUAGAGCGAUCCAUAGCUUAUUACUUAGCAAUUGGCCUAUCUCUACUCUUUGUCGUCAGAAUGCUGCUCCUACAUCCGGCCAUAUUUGGUCUCCAUCGUAUAGGAAUGCAAAUGAGGAUAGCAAUGUUUAGUUUAAUUUAUAAAAAAACUUUAAAACUAUCAAGCAAGGUUUUAGAUAAAAUAAGUACCGGGCAGCUUGUAAGUCUUCUCUCUAACAACCUGAACAAAUUUGAUGAGGGCUUGGCCUUGGCUCAUUAUGUAUGGAUUGCUCCACUUCAAGUGAUUCUUUUGAUGGGUCUCAUUUGGGAGUUACUGCAGGCUUCUGCCUUCUGUGGUUUGGGCUUCCUUGUUAUUCUUGCACUGUUUCAGGCAUGGUUGGGGAGAAGGAUGAUGAAAUAUAGAGACAGAAGAGCAGGCAAGAUCAAUGAAAGGCUUGUGAUCACUUCCGAAGUUAUUGACAAUAUCCAGUCAGUAAAAGCCUACUGUUGGGAAGAUGCAAUGGAGAAAAUAAUUCAGUCAAUCAGGCAGACUGAACUGAAACUCACCAGAAAAGCUGCCUAUGUGAGAUAUUUCAACAGCUCAGCCUUUUUCUUCUCUGGCUUCUUUGUGGUGUUUCUUUCCAUUCUUCCACAUUUAUUAACUAAUGGGAUUAGUAUUCGAAAGGUCUUUACCACCAUUUCAUUCUGCAUUGUUCUGCGUAUGACUGUUACACGACAGUUCCCCUGGGCUGUGCAGACCUGGUAUGACUCCCUGGGCGUAAUAAAUAAAAUACAGGACUUUUUACAAAAAGAUGAAUUUAAGUCACUGGAGUACAACCUGACAACCACAGAAGCAGUAAUGGAAAAUGUAACUGCCUCCUGGGAUGAGGGUAUUGGAGAAGCUUUUGGGAAAGCCAUGCUUGAGAAUGGAGGCAGUGGUUCUAAGGAAGACCCCAAUCUGUUUUUUAGUAACUUCUCAUUGCAUGUCACUCCUGUGCUUUCUAACAUAAGUUUUACUCUGGGAAAAGGACAACUGCUGGCAGUCGCGGGUUCUACAGGGUCUGGAAAGACGUCUCUUUUAAUGAUGAUCAUGGGAGAAUUGGAGCCAUCAUCAGGGAAAAUAAAACACAGUGGAAGGAUAUCAUUUUCCCCUCAAGUCUCCUGGAUCAUGCCUGGUACCAUCAAGGAGAACAUAGUGUUUGGAGUGUCAUAUGACCAAUACAGAUAUCUAAGUGUCAUUAAAGCCUGCCAACUGGAAGAGGACAUGGCAAAGUUUCCAGAAAAAGAUAAUACUGUUCUCGGGGAAGGAGGAAUAACACUUAGUGGAGGUCAACGGGCAAGAAUAUCUCUAGCAAGAGCCGUGUACAAAGAUGCUGACCUCUACUUAUUGGAUUCCCCAUUCAGUUAUCUUGACUUGUUUACAGAAAAGGAAAUAUUUGAAAGCUGCAUCUGUAAACUGAUGGCCAACAAGAGCAGAAUCCUUGUUACUUCAAAACUAGAACAGCUUAAGAAGGCUGACAAAAUUCUCCUUCUGCAUGAAGGUAGCUGUUAUUUUUACGGAACGUUUGCAGAACUUCAAGAUCAACGUCCUGACUUCAGCUCUCAGCUAAAGGGAUUUGAUUCUUUUGAUAACUUUAGUGCAGAAAGGAGAAAUUCAAUAUUAACUGAGACCUUGAGGCGAUUAUCCGUUGACAGUGAUCCAGUAGUUGUUAGAAAUGAAGUAAAAAAUAAGUCAUUCAAGCAAGCUGCAGAAUUUAUGGAAAAGAGAAAGAACUCCAUUAUUAAUGGUCGGAAAUCAAGUCGAAAAUUUUCUAUCAUGCAAAAAUCUCAACCACAAAUGAGUGGAAUAGAAGAAGAGUCUCCCACAGAGCCUGAGGAGAGAAAGCUCUCCUUAGUUCCAGAUUCAGAGCAAGGAGAAGCAAAUUUGCCAAGGAGUAACAUUCUCAAUACUGGCCCAACUUUUCAAGGUCGAAGAAGGCAAUCUGUUUUAAACUUUAUGACGGGUACAUCAGUUUCACAAAAUCAAGGUCCUUAUGGAAGAGCAGCAUCCGUAAGGAAAAUCUCAGUAGCCCCUCAAUCCAAAUUAUCACAAGAAUUAGACAUUUACGGCAGGCGUUCUUCACAAGACAGCGUCCUGGAAAUAAGUGAAGAAAUUAACGAAGAAGAUUUGAAGGAAUGUUUCCUUGAUGACACAGACAGCGCAACGCCAACUACUUCUUGGAACACCUAUUUCAGAUAUGCCACUGUGCAUAAAAGUCUAAUCUUCAUUCUUAUUCUUGUCCUAGUCAUUUUCUUAGUAGAGGUUGCUGCUUCCUUGACUGGUCUGUUGCUGAUUAGUCAAAGCAGUCCUGAAACGAAUAAAACAAUCAACGGAAAUGAAACCUCUAAGGCACCAAUAAUCGUGACCUCAACUAGUUCCUACUAUGUGUUCUAUAUUUAUGUUGGUGUGGCGGACUCUCUGCUGGCAAUGGGAAUAUUCCGUGGUAUACCACUGGUGCAUGGUCUCAUAUCUGCCUCCAAGGUGUUGCAUCAGAAAAUGUUAAAUGCCAUUCUUCAUGCCCCAAUGUCUACUUUAAAUACAAUGAGAGCUGGGCGGAUCCUUAACAGAUUUUCAAAGGAUAUAGCUAUCUUAGAUGAUCUCCUGCCUCUUACAAUGUUUGACUUCAUACAGCUGUUGCUUGUUGUGAUAGGGGCAAUCACAGUGGUUUCCAUUUUGGAGCCUUACAUCUUCUUGGCUACUGUCCCUGUGAUUGUAGCUUUUGUUUUACUAAGAUCCUAUUUUCUGCACACCUCCCAGCAACUGAAACAGUUAGAAUCGGAAGCCCGCAGUCCAAUUUUCACUCACUUGAUUACAAGUUUAAAGGGUUUGUGGACUCUAAGAGCUUUUGGACGGCAGCCAUAUUUUGAAACCCUUUUUCAUAAGGCAUUGAACUUACACACAGCAAACUGGUUUCUCUACCUGUCCACGCUUCGAUGGUUCCAAAUGACUAUUGAAAUGAUCUUUGUCAUCUUUUUCUGUGCUGCUGCAUUCAUCUCUAUUGCAACCUCAGGUGCUGGCAGAGAAAAAGUAGGAAUCGUUUUAACUCUAGCCAUGAAUAUAAUGAAUACUCUUCAAUGGGCAGUAAAUUCAAGUAUUGACGUGGACAGUUUGAUGCGCUCAGUUAGUAGAGUCUUUAAGUUUAUUGAUCUCCCAAGAGAAGACGUGUCAAGCAAUAAGAAUAAUAAGGAGGAUCUGUCAGAGGUUCUUAUCAUUGAGAAUGAAUACACAAAGAAAGAUCCAGACUGGCCAUCUGGGGGUCAAAUGACUGUAAAAGACCUGUCUGCAAAGUAUGUGGAAGGAGGCCAUGCUGUUUUGGAAAAUAUCUCAUUCUCAAUUAAUCCUGGUCAAAGGGUUGGCUUAUUGGGAAGAACGGGUUCAGGAAAAAGCACAUUGUUGUCUGCCUUUUUAAGAUUAUUGUCAACGCAAGGGGAAAUUCUGAUUGAUGGGGUAUCUUGGCAGACAUUACCGCUUCAGAAAUGGAGAAAAGCUUUUGGAGUCAUUCCACAGAAAGUUUUCAUAUUUUCUGGGACAUUCCGGAAAAACCUUGACCCUUACGGAAAACACAGCGAUGAAGAAAUCUGGAAAGUAACCGAAGAGGUCGGCCUAAAGUCAAUCAUUGAGCAGUUUCCAGGUCAGCUGGACUUUGUGCUGCUGGAUGGUGGAUAUGUUCUAAGUAAUGGUCACAAGCAACUGGUGUGUUUGGCCCGAUCAGUCCUCAGUAAAGCCAAGAUUCUUCUGCUGGAUGAGCCCAGCGCUCAUUUGGAUCCAAUAACUUUUCAGAUUAUUAGGAAAACUCUGAAGCACGCAUUUGCAAAUUGUACAGUCAUCUUGUCUGAACACAGACUAGAAGCCAUGCUGGAAUGUCAGUUCUUCCUGGUGAUAGAAGAGAAUACCGUGCGGCAAUAUGAUUCUAUACAGAAAGUCAUGAAUGAGAAGAGUUUCUUCAAACAAGCCAUAAGCCACUCUGAUCGCUUGAAACUAUUUCCCUUGCACCGCCGGAACUCGAGUAAGAGAAAGUCCAGACCCAAAAUUACUGCCCUACAAGAAGAAACAGAAGAAGAAGUACAAGACACACGACUGUGAUCCAGCACAAUGCAAACAUUUCAAACAAAACAUUUCUUCCUAGAUGAAGCAAGUGCCCAUAAGAACAGAAGAGCCGUGAUGACACUCCCUAAAUCAUAACGUGGUUGUUAUAGAGAUUUUACUCAAAAUUCACUUGUUCCAUAGUUUGCAGUCUGUUUCUAACAUGCUACUAAUGGAAAACCUUAGGCAAACCUUAGAGAAAACAGAGGUAUACUUCAUGAUCUUAUUUCAAGUGAUAUAGUUAUCAUGCCUGGUACAAAAGCUAUCUAAAGUCAUAUUUAUUGUGCAUUCUCUAAUACCUGUAUAUAGCAUUACAAUCACUAAUAUAAAAGGUCAAAUCUUAGGACAGCGCACAUACAAUACUACAGUACAAUGUAUGUGCAUUAUCAGUAGUAUAGUAAGUUCACCGCAACAUCUCCAUAAAAUACUAUCCUGACCACUUUUAUAUUGACCUACAAUAACAAACCACAUCUCUCUGAUGAACUAUUAGAAUAUGAAGUAUUUUUAUCAUUUCCUACAUUUUUCUCUAGCUUUCAUUACCUGCAAUUCAGAAAAAAAACAUAGGAACACUUUUUGGGGAAUAUAAAAAAAAAGUUAUGUUGAAAGUGUAACAAGAACAUAAGAAUGUAUACAAGUACAUUAUAAAGAGCCUUUAUGCUGAUAGUACUAUGUAGCUGAGUUUGAGAAUUGACCGGUGGAAGCACCCUCUAAAUGCAGAUCCUAAAAUAAAAAAAAUGUCAAAGUAAGAUUGCUUUAAAAUUCACUAAAUUAUUGAUACAUGCAAUAGCAUUGGUGCACAUUUACUAAUGCUGUCCCAGUUAGCGCCGUUGAGUUAUAGGAAUUAUGUAUCUUUUUGAUGAAUGUUUGAUUAAGGUGCGCUGGUUCUGCUAAAUCAGUAACUGCUGUUCCAGUCAAUCUUUUUGGUGAAGAACAAUAAUAAAUCUGUGUAAAAAUAAAUCUUCUACAAUUUUGGUGCAAACUACUACAGAAAACAGGUGCACCAACCUUAGUUAAUAUGCCCCAUUGUGUUAUGUAAACUUUUUACUGCCAUAUUUUCUUAGUGUUGUAGGUUUUUUAGACUUUGAUAUUCAAGAGAAUCUGUAUAUUUAAAACAGCAUUUCACAAUCGAGCUAUUCAUAUUUUUAGCUAGCACAUGUCUGUAUUUAUUGUAUUUCCUAUAUAGAAAUGCAACUGCAAAUGCAUUGUAUUUAAACUUUCAGUACAUUGUAGCCUCAAAAUUCCACAUUUCUAAUUGCAUCAAAGAUGUAUGUUUAUAGAUUGUUUUAAAUUAAUUUGGUAUAAAGUGUUCUAAAUACCCGAAAUAUAUAUUUAAAAAAAGUAAAUCAAAUCAAAUAAUAACCAGAACCACUAAUAUUACCACUAUUGGAAAUAUUACCACAGUAUUUAAAAAACGAGAAACACAGUGAAAACAGUAACAUUGCAAUUAAAGUGCAAACAUUAUUGAACAUCAUUACAUUUAUCCAUGUCUCUGGUACUGAGGCUUUUUUAUUACCAUAUAGCAGAAGGACCCGGCUUCACACGGGUAUAUUUCAUCUAUUUAAUUUAAUUUAAUGUUUCUGUGUGUCCUUAAAAGAAAUCGACAGUAUCCACUAUAACAGUGACCUCUACA